AUGGACGUGGUCGUGGACAUGGAUGUGGACAUGGACAUGGACAUGGACAUGGACGUGGACGUGGACGUGGACAUGAACGUGGACAUGGACGCGGACGUGGACGUGGAACUGGACGUAGACAUGGACAUGGACAUGGACGUGGACAUGGACAUGGACAUGGACAUGGACGUGGACAUGGACGUGGACGUGGACGUGGACAUGGACGUGGACGUGGACGUGGACGUGGCCUUGGACGUGGACAUGGACGUGGACGUGGACGUGGACGUGGACAUGGACGUGGACCUGGACGUGGACGUGGAAUCCGACGUGGACGUGGACGCGGACGUGGACGUGGAUGGACGCGGACGUGGACGUGGACGUGGACGUGGACGCGGACGUGGACGCGGACGUGGACGUGGAUGGACGCGGACGUGGACGUGGACGUGGACGUGGACGCGGACGUGGACGCGGACGUGGACGUGGAUGGACGCGGACGUGGACGUGGACGUGGACGUGGACGUGGACGCGGACGUGGACGUGGACGGGGACAUGGACGCGGACGUGGACGUGGACGUGGACAUGGACGUGGACGUGGACAUGGACGUGGACAUGGACGUGGACGUGGACGUAGACGUGGACGUGGACGUGGACGUGGACGACUUGGACGUGGACGUGGACGUGGUCGUGGACGUGGACGUGGACGUGGACGUGGUCGUGGACGUGGACGUGGACGUGGACGUGGAGGACUUGGACGUGGACAUGGACGUGGACGUGGACGUGGACGUGGACGUGGACAUGGUCGUGGACGUGGUCGUGGACGUGGACGUGGACGUGGUCGUGGACCUGGACGUGGACACCUGGACGUGGACGUGGACAUGGACUGUGGACGUGGACGUGGACCUGGACGUGGACGUGGACGUGGUCGUGGACGUGGACGUGGACGUAGACGUGGACGUGGUCGUGGACGUGGACGUGGACGUGGACGUGGACGUCGACGUGGACGUGGACAUGGACGUGGACGUGGACAUGGACGUGGAUGUGGACGUGGACGUGGACGUGGACGUGGACAUGGACGUGGACUUGGACGUGGACAUGGACGUGGUCGUGGACAUGGACGUGCACAUGGACGUGAACAUGGACAUGGACGUGGACAUGGACGCGGACGUGGACGCGGACGUGGACGUGGACGUGGACGUGGACAUGGACGUGGACGUGGACGUGGACAUGGACAUGGACAUGGACGGGGACAUGGACGUGGACGUGGACGUGGACGUGGACGUGGACAUGGACUGGACGUGGACGUGGACGUGGAUGGACGCGGACGCGGACGUGGACCUGGACGUGGACGUGGACGUGGACGCGGACGUGGACGAGGACAUGGACGUGGACAUGGACGUGGACGUGGACGUGGACGUGGACAUGGACGUGGACAUGGACGUGGACGUGGACGUGGACGUGGACAUGGACGUGGACGUGGACGUGGACAUGGACGUGGACGUGGACAUGGACGUGGACGUGGACGUGGUCGUGGACGCGGGGACGUGGACAUGGACGUGGACGCGGACGUGGACGUGGACGUGGACGUGGACGUGGACGCGGACGUGGACGUGGACGUGGACGUGGACAUGGACGUGGACGUGGACCUGGACGUGGACGUGGACGUGGACGUGGACAUGGACAUGGACGUGGACGUGGACGUGGACGUGGACGUGGAUGGACGUGGACGUGGACAUGGACGUGGACGCGGACGUGGACGUGGACGUGGACGUGGACAUGGACGCGGACGUGGACGUGGAACUGGACGUAGACAUGGACAUGGACAUGGACGUGGACAUGGACAUGGACAUGGACAUGGACGUGGACAUGGACGUGGACGUGGACGUGGACAUGGACGUGGACGUGGACGUGGACGUGGCCUUGGACGUGGACAUGGACGUGGACGUGGACGUGGACGUGGCCUUGGACGUGGACAUGGACGUGGACGUGGACGUGGACGUGGACCUGGACGUGGACGUGGACGUGGACGUGGACGUGGACGCGGACGUGGACGUGGACGUGGACGUGGACGUGGAUGGACGCGGACGUGGACGUGGACGCGGACGUGGACGUGGACGUGGAUGGACGCGGACGUGGACGUGGACGCGGACGUGGACGUGGACGUGGAUGGACGCGGACGUGGACGUGGACGUGGACGUGGACGUGGACGCGGACGUGGACGUGGACGGGGACAUGGACGUGGACAUGGACGUGGACGUGGACGUGUACGUGGACAUGGACGUGGACAUGGACGUGGACAUGGACGUGGACAUGGACGUGGACGUGGAUGUGGACGUGGACAUGGACGUGGACGUGGACAUGGACGUGGACAUGGACGUGGACGUGGUCGUGGACGUGGACGUGGAGGACUUGGACGUGGACAUGGACGUGGACAUGGACGUGGACGUGGACGUAGACGUGGACGUGGACGUGGACGUGGUCAUGGACGAGGACUUGGACAUGGACGUGGACGUGGACGUGGACGUGGACGUGGAGGACUUGGACGUGGACAUGGACGUGGACGUGGACGUGGACGUGGACAUGGUCGUGGACGUGGUCGUGGACGUGGACGUGGACGUGGUCGUGGACGUAGACCUGGACGUGGACGUGGACCUGGACGUGGACGUGGACGUGGUCGUGGACGUGGACGUGGACGUGGACGUGGACGUGGACAUGGACGUGGACAUGGUCGUGGACGUGGACGUGGACGUGGAGGUGGACAUGGUCGUGGACGUGGUCGUGGACGUGGACGUGGACGUGGACGUGUUCGUGGACGUAGACCUGGACGUGGACGUGGACCUGGACGUGGACGUGGACGUGGUCGUGGACGUGGACGUGGACGUGGACGUGGUCGUGGACGUGGACGUGGAUGUGGACGUGGACGUGGACAUGGACGUGGACGUGGACGUGGCAUCGACGUCGACGUGGACGUGGACGUGGACGUGGACAUGGACGUGGACGUGGACGUGUACGUGGACAUGGACUUGGACGUGGACGUGGACGUGGACGUGGACCUGGACGUGGACGUGGACGUGGACGUGGACAUGGACAUGGACGUGGACGUGGACGUGGACGUGGACGUGGAUGGACGUGGACGUGGACAUGGACGUGGACGCGGACGUGGACGUGGACGUGGACGUGGACAUGGACGCGGACGUGGACGUGGAACUGGACGUAGACAUGGACAUGGACAUGGACGUGGACAUGGACAUGGACAUGGACAUGGACGUGGACAUGGACGUGGACGUGGACGUGGACAUGGACGUGGACGUGGACGUGGACGUGGCCUUGGACGUGGACAUGGACGUGGACGUGGACGUGGACGUGGCCUUGGACGUGGACAUGGACGUGGACGUGGACGUGGACGUGGACAUGGACGUGGACCUGGACGUGGACGUGGACGUGGACGUGGACGCGGACAUGGACGUGGACGUGGACGUGGACGUGGAUGGACGCGGACGUGGACGUGGACGCGGACGUGGACGUGGACGUGGAUGGACGCGGACGUGGACGUGGACGUGGACGUGGACGUGGACGCGGACAUGGACGUGGACGGGGACAUGGACGUGGACAUGGACGUGGACGUGGACGUGUACGUGGACAUGGACGUGGACAUGGACGUGGACAUGGACGUGGACAUGGACGUGGACAUGGACGUGGACAUGGACGUGGACGUGGACGUGGACGUGGACGUGGACGUGGACGUGGACAUGGACGUGGACAUGGUCGUGGACGUGGUCGUGGACGUGGACGUGGAGGACUUGGACGUGGACAUGGACGUGGACAUGGACCUGGACGUGGACGUAG